GGCGUGUCGGGCCGCGGCUGCGCGUUUGCCCGGGUCGGCUGGACCGGGCGCGGUAAGGCUGCCUGGAGAGGCGGCGGGAGGCGCCAGGAGUGAACGGAAGCCGCGUGAAGGAGUGGGCGCUUUGAUCCUGCGCGGUAGGGGCUCGGCGUGUGUUCGUGGACGGAGCUCUUGCAGCGGGAACCCCCGUCCCCAGCCCCGCGUGCUCAGUUCAGGUCGGACCGGACUGUGGCUCUCACCCAGGGCCCGCCAUGGCCCAGCAGAGAGCCCUGCCCCAGAGCAAGGAGACGCUGCUGCAGUCAUACAACAAGCGGCUCAAAGACGACAUCAAGUCCAUCAUGGACAACUUCACCGAGAUCAUCAAGACCGCCAAGAUUGAGGAUGAGACACAGGUGUCGCGGGCUACUCAGGGCGAACAGGACAAUUAUGAGAUGCACGUUCGAGCUGCCAACAUCGUCCGAGCUGGCGAGUCACUGAUGAAGCUGGUAUCUGAUCUCAAGCAGUUUCUGAUCCUCAAUGACUUCCCAUCUGUGAAUGAAGCCAUUGACCAGCGUAACCAGCAGCUUCGAGCCCUGCAGGAGGAGUGUGAUCGAAAGCUCGUCACCCUGAGGGAUGAGGUCUCCAUCGACCUGUACGAGCUGGAGGAGGAGUACUACUCGUCCAGCUCAAGUCUCUGCGAAGCUAAUGACCUGCCUCUAUGUGAAGCUUACUGGAGGCUGGACCUCGACACAGAUUCUGCUGAUGGCCUCUCAGCCCCUCUUCUGGCGUCCCCGGAGACUGGUGCUGGUCCCUUGCAGCCUGCAGCCUCUGUCCAUUCCCAUGGUGGUGGCCCUGGCCCUGCAGAACAUACCUGAGCCUCUUGGGGUACCAGCUCAGGGUAGCCCUCCCUAGGGCCCUAGUUUAUCAGGAAGGAAGUCCUGUGGAUACCCACUACAGCCUAGCUUUUUUCAGUCUUAGCUUCCCUGGGGACUUUGGGAUCAGGAGCCACUGUGACCUUAGGAGCCAGGGCCAGUUCCCUGUGAUCAUUGGGGAUUGCUGUUCAGUUAUUUACAGACAGGUGGCCACCUUCCUGACUGCCAGGCUGAAGUUUGUCCCAUUGAAGAUCUUGAAUAGGGAAGGUGGCUGGUGAUGGGAAGUCAGCUCCAGCUUGUUUAGAGUUGUGAGGUAUUCAGUGGGCCUUGGUCAAGUCCAGUCACCCAUCCUUAGGUUCAGGUUCUAUGUAGAGCUCUGUCCACUGUCUGGAGCAUAAAUGUCAGCCACAGCUGACAGUCCUAGCAAGACUGUGAGGGGCAGCUAGCCAGGGCAUCUUCCUGGAUUCUCCCACCGUUUCCUUCUGCUACUUCUGUGAUGAGACCGUUGAAUAAAACAUCAGCUUUC